AUGGUAAGGCUACUGAGAAGACCAUCACUUUACUUUCACUUUUUCCAACUCCUCCUAACAGUACACAACACACAAGCAAUAGAUCUAGACAUAACCUCGAAAGAAUCCAUAUGUGACGCUACUUCCCUAAUCCAAGGUGGUAUGAUGGAUUACUAUUGGGGAACACAAUACGGAGGUACAGUCGGUAUGUUUCAACCGCCUUAUUAUUGGUGGGAAGCAGGUGAAGCCUUCGGAGGUAUGAUUGAAAAUUGGUACUUGUGUCAAAAUGACACAUACGAGGACAUGUUGAAGAGUGCGUUAUUAGCUCAAACGGGGUCUAAUUAUGAUUAUAUUCCUGCGAACCAAAGUAUGGUCGAGGGGAAUGAUGAUCAAGGUGUUUGGGGGCUUACAUUAAUGGGAGCUGCUGAGAGAAAUUUCACUGAUCCAGAUGAUGGGACACCAGGUUGGUUAGCUAUGACUCAGGCUGUAUUUAAUACUAUGAAUGCAAGAUGGGAUUCUGCACAUUGUGGAGGUGGGUUAAGAUGGCAAAUUUUCACUUGGAAUAGUGGGUAUAAUUAUAAAAAUACUAUCUCGAAUGCUUGUCUAUUCCAAUUGGCAGCAAGAUUGGGUCGUUAUACGGGGAAUACUACUUAUUUAGAAGUUGCUGAGAAAGUGUUUACUUGGCUUGUCGAUGUCGGGUAUGUCUUAUUGGAUGAUACUGCAAAUGUCUUUGAUGGUGCUGAAAUUGAUUCAAAUUGUACAGAUAUGACUCAAAUUGAAUGGACGUAUAAUCAUGGUGUAGUACUUGGUGGUGCUGCAUAUAUGUAUAAUGCUACUAAUGGUUCAUCUGAUUGGGAAAGUCGUGUUACCAAAUUAUUAAAGGGUGCAACUACUUACUUCUUUGAUAGUAAUGGGAUCAUGUUUGAAAAUGCUUGUCAAGAAUAUAAUACAUGUAAUAAUGAUCAAAGAUCAUUUAAAAGUAUCUUUUCUCGUAUGUUAGGUUUGACAAGUGUUCUUGCACCUUUCACAAGUGACACAGUGGAUCCAUUAAUCAAAACGAGUGCUGCAGCUGCUGCCAAAUCAUGUACCGGUGGUACAGAUGGUCAUACUUGUGGGUUAAAUUGGGCUAAAGGAAGUCAUGAUGGAUAUUACGGUCUUGGUGAACAAAUGUGUGCAUUAGAGGUUAUGCAAAAUUUAUUAAUCCAUGAUAGACCAGCUCCAUUAACUGGAAAUACAGGUGGAUCCUCCAAAGGUGAUGCAUUAGCAGGUCUAAAUUCUACAACAACCAAUGUCUUGGAAAAUAAAAUGACAAUUACUAAUGGUGAUCGUGCUGGGGCUGCCAUAGUGACAGCUAUAAUAUUAGGUGUGCUUACAGGUGGUGCCGUUUGGAUGUUCUUUUGA